CAGAGUGCGCUGGUUUGUAGAGGGGCGGGGAGAAGGUCCUGCGUGCAUUGGAGCAGCGGGAGAGAGGCAGGAAAAUGGAUCUGACACAGCGCUUGGAUUGGGAAGAUGAAGUAGAGGAGACUGCGGUAGAAAGACACAAACCUGUCGGAAACCUGCAUAUGUUUGCUGGGACUCAUGGACCUGCACAGGAUUACCCCAUCUACCAAGGCCCCAAUGUCAUUGGGCGUCACUCCAGUUGUGAUAUCACCCUGCCAGCCCAGUCUGUGUCAAAGAAACAUGCCGUCUUGUGUGUUACUGGGGACUGUCAUACCAUCUGUGACAAUGGCAGCCUGAACAAGACUCGGCGCAGCAAGAUGGCCCUGGAGCCAGAUGUGCGCUACUCUUUGUCUACUGGGGACUUUUUGCUUUUCGCUGAUGUGGCUUGUCGAUACACCAUACUGAAAAAAAUUGAGGCGGAGACUACCAUAGCAGAAGACAGCGAGGAUGACUCCAUGUUGGUACCUGGAACGCAGGCACCAUUGGUUAUUGAAAAAACUCCAGGUGCAGCUAUACGGCGGAUGGGGUGCGGUGCUGUGCUGGCGAGGGAUUCCGGAGAUGAAGAUGAGGAAGUACGGAGAGGGUGGAGUGAUGGCGGUGAAGGAGGAUCCAAAGAUGCUCUGAGAACAUCAAGACCUGCAGCUGGAGCCUUUUUCUCUCCGGAUGCUGAUGCUGACACAGUCGUGCCUGAAAGUGAUGAGGAGAAUGAUACGUCCUCUUCCGGGACGCGCUUCACAUCUCUUCACCUGCAUUGUGACAGUGACAUCGACAACCGCGGGACUCCCACAAAAGAAAGCUCCUUUAUAACCUCUUCAUUGGACAAAUUCACCCCAGCAGCUGUGAAAGAACCAGCAAAGGAGGAAAGCAGUAGGUUGUUACAAACAAACAAAGAUGAGAAGCCAGUCGGAGAACAGACAGAUGAAGAAAAAGAAUUAAGCUCAGUGGGGAGAGAUGUGGUCUCUGACGGUGAGCUUUUAGAAGAGAGAAAGGAGACAAGUAAGGAUGGAGCAGGUGACCGAUCACCUUGUCUAGGUGGGACGGUUGUACAAAAAGAUACCCUAGACUGUGGGUUAAAAGAUGGAGGAACCAAAGCUAUUAACCGCAGCAAUAGUCACGAAGACAAAAACUUGAAGAAUAAUGCAGCAAGUAUUGAAAAUCUUGAAGUGUCCUCAACUAGCAGUCACCGUUUAAAGGACAAUGACGAUGAAACUUCAAGAAGGGAUAUUGCAGCAACUACUGCUAUUGAAAGCACCCAGGAAGAGGACAACCUCAAAUCUACAGAAGAAAAACUAAAAGUAGCAGCCGACCUUUGCUUAGACAGUGACACAGACUCUGAUGAAGAUGUUCCUACGACUUCUGGAACUGAUGUAAAGAAAAAGGAUGACCCUGAAAUCAAAUCUGAUAAAGCACCAGAGCAAAGUAGCGUUGAUGGAACCUCUGAUGCUGGUGUUCACAUGGAUAGGGACACCAGUGUUGAUGAGGAUAAAGAGAAAAUCUCAGCUGUAGAGCAUGGAGGGGUGGGUGAAAUUAACAUUGACAGUGAUACAGAUGUAGAGGACGAUAAGGAGAUGUCAGAGACUGGAGAUGGGAACUCUGGUGAAGUCCAUAAAGUACAUUCCGUUUCAGGGACAAAUGUAUCUACCGGCUUUGAUAUUGACAGCGAUACGGAUGUUGAAGAUGCAGAUAUAACCAGAUCUGAUGGAAAGGUGGAAGAGAAAAAAGAGAAAUUCCAUCUGGACAGUGACACAGAUGAAGAGGACAAUGGUGAUGUCUCCAGCACAAAAGUGAGGAAAGGUGACUUGGAUUCUGUUGCAGUUGUUCUGUUAAAAGAGACUAAAGAUGAAAUCCACAUGGACAGUGACACAGAUGUGGAGGAAGACGUCAAUGUCUCUAGUACAGAUGUCACCAAAGGAAAGCAGACCUUGAAUAUAGCUGCUCAGGAGGGUUUCCAUGUAGACAGUGAUACAGAUGUGGAAGAUGUUGAUGUCUCCAGUACAGUGGUCACCAAAGAGAAACAAGACUUUAGCAAAAGUGUUAAAACUGCAAGAGAUGGUCUCCCCCUGGACAGUGAUACAGAUGUGGAUGAAGAGGACCAAGGACCGGGACCCUCCAGUGCUGCUGUGCAAAGCAGAACAACAGAAAGUCACAUAGAUGAACUACAGUUUGAGAUGGUAAAAAAUGAAAAGAAAGCAGUAAGUGUGAUAAACAAAGACGCAGCAGACCUGCACUUCGAUAGUGACACUGAUGACGAUGAUGGGACAUCCACAGAACCAAAACAAGCAGGAGGAUCUGUAAAAACCGAUGCAGAGAAAAAUAAAACAGAGGUAGCAAAUGAAGCGGAUGCUUUACACAUAGAUAGUGACACUGAUGAGGAUGAUGGGACAUCCACAGGACCGAAGAAAGCAGGAGGAUCUGUAAAAACUGAUGCAGAACAAAAUGAAGCAGAGGCAGCAAAUGAAGCAGAUGCUUUACACAUGGAUAGCGACACAGAUUUGGAUGAGGAUGAUGCAAGUAUGAUAAUAAAUAAACCCCAAACGGCUGAAACGGCUGAGGGAGAACUCCACAGCGAUGGCGUUUCAGAAGGAGGUGAUAAAAACUUAGUCGAGGUUGCAGGAUCAUCAGUUGGUGUGAUGGGUGAAGUUCCUAAAGCAGAUACUAGUACUGGGUCUGUGAAAAGCAAUGAAGUGGAGGCUCCAAAAGCUGACUCUCAAGGUGCUGACUAUGAGUUAAUGGCCACACAGUGCUUCUUAGAAGAACCACAGGAACCUGAGGAAGACUUGCCAGAUGAAGAGGAAGCCACGCAGGCAUACAUCCUGAGUUCCACAUGGGCAGAGCCACAUACAUUUAAACGUCCUUCAGAUCCUGUAGGAGUUCUGCAGAUCUCUGCUGUAACAUUGGACAAGUCCGAGGAGGAGGUUGAUGAAAAUGCCAUAGCCGAGACUCAGCUGUUCUGUUUUGGGGUGGACCAGUCACCGGGUUCUGACUUCAAGGAGACUCCUCAACUUGAAGAACAAGUCAUGGAUAACCAGCAAGACACUCAACCUACCAGUAGUGUAGAGGGAUCAAGGCAGAAGGAUCAGGAGCCACCUCAUGGAGAAAUGAUACAAGAAGACACUGAACCAGUCUCUCAGUGUUUGUCAGCUAACCCUCCAGCUGAUACAGGGACUUUGUUACACCUGAAACGAGAUGUUCCAGCUGCGGUUUGGAUGAAGGGCCUUCAGCAACAACUUGAGACCAGCGAUGUGAAAGAGGAUUCAACGCCAGAGGAUUUAACAGAAGAUGAACAGGACCUACCACCACUGGAGCUGGAAGCCACACAGUCCUUCAUCCUAGAGGUUCCGAACAUACAGGAACACCGCAAAGAACACCAUGACCCAUCCUCCCUAGCUGUCCAUGUAGACACUAAGCUUGCUGAAUCAGCAGAGCCAGCAACAGAAAACCCACCCAAAGACCCAAUCGCCCUUGGACCAGGUGUAGAUGUGUCAGCAACAGAGAUACUACCCACAGGACUAAGCAUACCUGAGAGAGAUGCAUCACCAGUACCAUCAACAGAAAGCACGCCCACAGGACCAAGCACACUUGAGCUAGCAAACGAGAGCCCACUCACAGAAUCCAGCAACCUUGAAACGGGUAUAUCUGCAGCGUCAUUAACCGAAGGCCCACCCACAGAACUGAGCAACCUUGAACUAGAUGUAUCAGCAGUGCCAGCAACUGAAAUCCCACCCACAGAACUGAGCAACCUUGAACUAGAUGUAUCAGCAGUGCCAGCAACUGAAAUCCCACCCACAGAACUGAGCAACCUUGAACUAGAUGUAUCAGCAGUGCCAGCAACUGAAAGCCCGCCCAACGAACUGAGCAACGUGGAGAAAGAAGUAAAUGAGGAUGAUGCCACCCAAGCCUACAGUCUAAACCUUCCAGUGUCUGAUGCUAAUGUCCCUCAAAGCAACCUGGAAGUACAUUCCACUGAAGAUGCCACCCAGCCCUGUAGCUCAGAUGUGGCGUCCAUAGCAAGUAAAGAAGCACAGUCUACUGGUGUUUCUAUGUUGGCUGUGGGGGAGAAGGAAACUGAAUUGACUGACACAGGAAAAGGAAAGCCAUCUUCUAAAAGGGGUCUGAGCAGAAGUAGAAAAAAGGAGCAGCCUGAGAGGAGUACAGAGAUUUCAAAUGAAAAAGCUCAGCUGUCAGAGCAAGCUGCUCCUGCAGCGCAUUCAGCACCAGAAGAAACGGCUGAAUUGCGUGCAGGUGAAUUGGGACAGUCUGGACCCAGGAAUGUGGCCUCUGAAACGAGAAGAAAGACCUCAACAGAGGAUAGUGGAAAGCUGACGGAAAACACAGAGGUGGAAGAGGAACAAAGUGAGGGUACAAAGAAGAUAGCAGAUGAAGAGACCUCAAGGAAAGGAAGGACAAGUAGAGCAUCAGCCAAAGAGGAGCCUCCCCAGGUGUCCACCCCUGUGGCUAACAGAAAGAGAGGACAAGCUUUAAAGGCAGAUGUUAAUCUCAAAAGGAAGAAAUCAGAUGAAACAUCAGAAGCCGAAGAAGUAAGACCAGCAGGCAGAAGAGGAAGACCACGAAAAUUGAGUACAACAGAUGACUCUCAAACAAGUGCUGGUGGCAGCAGGAUUUCAAAUGAAAAAGCUCAGCUGUCAGAGCAAGCUGCUCCUGCAGCGCAUUCAGCACCAGAAGAAACGGCUGAAUUGCAUGCAGGUGAAUUGGGACAGUCUGGACCCAGGAUUGUGGCCUCUGAAACGACGGAGGAGAUUGAGCCAGAGAAAGAUGGAAGAAGAAGAGGAAGGAGAAAAGCAACUGAAGAUUCUGAAACCAAAGCUAAAACAAAGAAUGAAUUGGUUGUCCCAACAGCAUCUCGAAAGAGAUCCAGCAGAAUAGCCUUAGAGGCUGAACCAUCAACAUCAGGAAAUAACGAGAUAAGCAGAAAGCAACCAAAUAGGAAAAGUAUAGUUAAGAUGCAAGAAGAAGAAAAGCAAGAUGAAUCUAAAAAAGACUUUGGCUCAGCCUCUGAGAAGUGUAAGAAGAGCGAUGUCUUUGAAACCCUUUCAGAUAAUCACCCUGAGAAGAUAGGGCUAAGAUCAGAAUUUGAGAAUGUGACUGGACCUACAUCCAUGGAGCUAAUUGUAGGUCAAAUGGAGAGCGACCAAGAAAGAGAUGUUACCUCAACGUUAUUGGAGUCUAAUAGGGAUAAAAAAGUCUCAACGUCUUCCAAUAAUACUGAAAAGAAUGAAUCCACGAUUGUGGACCUCCCAGAACAGUUAGAGACUAUUUCUGCUCCUCAGAACAAGAAGCCUGUCAGAGGCAAAAGACAAGCCGCUACCAAAGCAAAACAGGAUAAUACACAAGAAACCAUAUCCAAUGAUAAGACGGAAUCUGAAACCAGCGGUACUAAUUUGGAAACGCAAGAUGACUUCAAGAUUCCAACCCCAAGAACCAAUGACUUGCAAGAUGGUGGAAACAAAGGUCCAAGAGGCAGAAGAACAAGGACUUCCCAUAUUUCCACUUCAGAGCUUUUGGAACAUGAGAAACCUAAAGGGGCAGACACAAAAGCAAGCCAAAAUGAAGAAGCCAAUAAAACCAGUCCAGGUGAUCAAAAUUCUGCAGAUACAAGAUCAACAAGGCAGCGGAGGAACGUGAAGGAAGAAGCUAAAGAAGAUUUACAAAAAGAAGAGCAAAUCGGGAGAUCCAAGCGUACCAUAAAUUUAGGAGGCAAUCAGAAAAAUAAAGAAACAAACAGUGAACGCACUUUGGAAGACAAUUUAGGAAGAAGCUCACUUCCUAAAAGAACACGAAAAAAUUCCAAAGAGGAAACGCCAAAACCAGAACCAGAUGUACCAGAAGUUGAAAAGAUUGAGGAAGAUAACAUGGCAAAGCUACCAAGAAGGACACGAAAAGGCUACAAAGAAGAGCAGAAAUUGGAAGAGAAUAAAGGAAGUCUGGAGAGUUCAAACACAGCUGAAGCCCAAACAACAAAAAGAACACAAAGAAGUAGCAAGGGGCAAGAUAUUGUUGAUGAAGAAACUGUGAAAGAAACCGUCACCAGAAAAGGGAGAAAUUCAAAAUCGGAAGAUGCACAAUUAGGAGAAGACCAAGGCAAAAGAUCUGUGAGGACAAGAAGGCUCUCAAAGGAAGAGGUAGUUGAAGAGACCACUACAGAUACCACUAAAGAAAAUGCAGCUGGACAAAACACCUCUCGAAGAACAAGGAGAAAUGUGAAAGCAGAUGAAAAAACUGAAAGUGAGCAUGCAGGAGACAUUAUACCAGAUAAGGAGCUUUCACAAUCUGAAAGAUCGUCCUCAAGAACAAGAAGAAAGACCUCAACAGAGGAUAGUGGAAAACUGACGGAAAACACAGAGGUGGAAGAGGAACAAAGUGAGGGUACAAAGAAGAUAGCAGAUGAAGAGACCCCAAGGAAAGGAAGGACAAGUAGAGCAUCAGCCAAAGAGGAGCCUCCCCAGGUGUCCACCCCUGUGGCUAACAGAAAGAGAGGACAAGCUUUAAAGGCAGAUGUUAAUCUCAAAAGGAAGAAAUCGGAUGAAAUAUCAGAAGCCGAAGAAGAAAGACCAGCAGGCAGAAGAGGAAGACCACGAAAAUUGAGUACAACAGAUGACUCUCAAACAAGUGCUGGUGGCAGCAGGGAAAUGUCAACUCCUGAACCGUCCCCAUCCCGCAGCAGCCGUCUGAGGCAGAGUCCAGCUUUAAGUAACCUUCCAGAAGUCCUAACUCCGAGACGCACUGGCAGAUUGUCUGUGUCCACUUUGACUGCCAGUCCCUACAUUCCUCAGUCUGGAGCACCGCCCAAGGUCCUGUUCACAGGGGUGGUGGAUGCAAUGGGUGAAGAGAUAAUCCGCUCGUUGGGCGGAGACAUUGCAGACUCCGUAUUUGAUUGCACUCACCUGAUAACAGACCGCGUCCGAAGAACCGUGAAAUUCCUCUGCGCACUUGCGAGGGGCAUCCCUAUUGUUACACUGGACUGGAUAGACAAGUGUAAGAAGAGCGGCUGUUUCUUGUCUCACACAAAAUAUCUGGUGAAAGAUAAAGAACAAGAGAAGAAUUUCAACUUUGUACUGUCGCAAUCUCUGCAGAAAGCCAAGAGAAGUCCACUGUUUGAGGGCUACGAUAUUCACAUCACCCCCAGUGUCAAGCCAGAUCCCGAGUCGAUGAAGGAUAUAGUUUGCUGCAGCGGGGCAAAUUUCCUUCCCAAGAUGCCCCGGACAUUUAAGGAGAAGUGCGUCAUUGUGUCGUGCCCAGAAGAUGCAGCGCGGUGCAAGUCGGUGCCAUCGAAAAUACCAGUUACUACAGCCGAGUUUAUUCUAAGCGGGAUAUUGCGCCAGGAAGUCAAUCCAAGCGCCUACUUGUUGAGCAGUGAAAUGGAGGAGGACAAUGCACCAGCUCCCGCCAAACGUAGACGCUGAGUUUGUAUGAGGGACGGUCCUUUUAAUAGGGAAUGUAAUUUUCUCUAAUAAGCAGUGUAGAUAAAUGCUCCAGUUGAAUAAUAUUACCUUUUGCUUUCAUUAUGUAAAUUCAAUCAUGGAGCCUUCUGUGUGAGAAGCUGGCAUUCCUUGACUUGUGUGUUAUGCUGUUGUUCUGGGGUAAAUCAGCCUAAUCUGCGCAUAGUUGCUGCCUUGCAAUUAUUGCUAGACAUGUAAUGGCUUCUUCCGUCAGAGCCUUUCACACAGGCAUUUAAAGGGGUGUUCCAGGCAUUUUUUGUGUUUUAUUAAAAGUCAGCAGCUACAAAAAGUGUAGCUGCUGGCUUUU